GAGAGAAGCUGUGAAGCUCUGUCCUCAGUUCUCAGCUCCCAGUCCUCCAGUCUCAGAGAACUGGACCUGAGUAACAACAACCUGCAGGAUUCAGGAGUGAAGCUUCUCUCUGCUGGACUGGAGAGUCCAACCUGCAGACUGGAAACUCUCAGACUGAGUGGCUGUAACCUCUCAGAGAGAAGCUGUGAAGCUCUGUCCUCAGUUCUCAGCUCCCAGUCCUCCAGUCUCAGAGAACUGGACCUGAGGAACAACAACCUGCAGGAUUCAGGAGUGAAGCUUCUCUCUGCUGGACUGGAGAGUCCAAACUGCAGACUGGAAACUCUCAGACUGAGUGGCUGUAACCUCUCAGAGAGAAGCUGUGAAGCUCUGUCCUCAGUUCUCAGCUCCCAGUCCUCCAGUCUCAGAGAACUGGACCUGAGGAACAACAACCUGCAGGAUUCAGGAGUGAAGCUUCUCUCUGCUGGACUGGAGAGUCCAAACUGCAGACUGGAAACUCUCAGACUGAGUGGCUGUAACCUCUCAGAGAGAAGCUGUGAAGCUCUGUCCUCAGUUCUCAGCUCCCAGUCCUCCAGUCUCAGAGAACUGGACCUGAGUAACAACAACCUGCAGGAUUCAGGAGUGAAGCUUCUCUCUGCUGGACUGGAGAGUCCAAACUGCAGACUGGAAACUCUCAGG